AUUCGCUCAACUCCCAUCUCCACGGUGUCCAGCUGCCAACAAGGACCUCUGACCACGUUUGAGAAACUUGUGAACAACUCAGAAAAGACGAUUUCAAGAUUUUGAUUUGCUUUUUUCUCGCACAUUUAGAAAUGCAUUUAUUUACUUUAGAGUCAAGGAUGACGCCGUCAUUUUUAUUCCCAGCGUUUCUUUUUGCGGCACCUUUGCUGUUGGAGGGUCUCUUGGUCAGUGGCUCCCCGGGCUGCGCGUCCUGUGGCUUGCCGACAAUGGAGAAAGGCGCAGAGGAAACACUGAUGAUAGAAAUCGUCAAGCAUCAACUUUUGGAAAAGCUGCACCUGAAAGAGAGACCAAACAUCACUCAGACGAUUCCCCGGGCAUCGCUCCUCACUGCGCUGCGCAAACUGCAUUCGGGGCGCGUCAGGCACGAUGGUACUCUUGAACUAGAGAACAGUAUACCCACCAAAGACCAAGGCUAUGAAAUAGUGAGCUUUGCGGAUUUAUAUGAGACUGAGAGUGGCGAUGCAGCCAGCCUCAGUCUAACCUUCCAGUUUCGGCAGGAACGUGGCCACAGUAUCCAGGUGCUCCAGUCUUCUCUGUGGAUCUACGUCCGCUCCUCUGAGGACCGUAAUCGAGACUCUCGCCUCGCUGCCCGCGUUUUUCUCUCUGCAGAAGGUGGGAUGUCCAGCUCUAACCGUACCCUGGUGAUAGAAAAGAUGCUGGAGGUCCAGGAGAGUAACUGGCACACUUUCCCCAUCACCCGCACCCUGCAGGCAUUCCUGGAUGGGGACCAGCACCAACUGCGUCUGGAAGUCAGCUGCGUUGAGGAUGGGAAGAACCUUUGCUCCCUUCAUGGCUCUGCUGACACCGCCAACCAGCCCUUCCUGGUGGCCCAAGUGCGUCUUCGGGACGACCACUCCAAGCACACGUUCAGGAAGCGCUCUUUGCAUUGCGGUGACGAUGUAAGUGUGUGCUGCAAGAGAGAAUUCUACAUCAAGUUCAAGGAUAUCCAGUGGAAUGACUGGAUCAUUGCACCUGAUGGCUACCAUAUGAACUACUGCAUGGGUCAGUGCCCCCAGCAUCUGUCUGGCUCCCCAGGCAUCGCAUCCUCGUUCCAUGCCACUGUCUUCAGCCAGCUGAAAGUCAACGGCAUUAACACGGCUGCAUCUUCAUGUUGUGUUGCCACAGAGCGCCGGCCACUCUCCAUAGUGUACUUCGACUCCCAGCACAGCAUUGUCAAAACAGACAUCCCUGAUAUGAUAGUGGAGUCCUGCGGAUGUACAUGAAGGACAAAGUAUAAAAGAGAUAGAUAACUUAGAUUUGCUUUAAUACAAGAAACUCAAAAGAUAUAAUCGGUUCUGUAGACGGACAGAAAGAUAACACAUGCAUAUUUUUGUAUGUCUAGUUUGGGACAACCAACUCUAUAUAUUUUGUUACUUAAUAGAAGGAACAACUUUGUUUUGUUCUAAAUUAGACACACAAGUGUAUUGAAAUAGAGGCAUUAUCAAGCCGUGUACACGCACCUAAACAAUGACUAUAAUGUCACAAGCAUUGUUAACAAAAAAAAAACUGCUUAAAAAGGGCUCAAGAAACACAAAGAGAUUAAUAUGGAGCUUUCUUUUUUUUAUGUUUUAAAAAUGCUUCUUUUUUUUAUUUUUCAUCAUGUAGGUUAUUUAUUUUGUAUUUCAUAAUUGCUGCUUGUAGCAGAACUGACCGCACUUCUAGCCUUUCAAAAAUAUUAGCUAUAAUAUUUUUUCAUUUAAUGGGCACAGUGUCCACACACAAUAUAACAUUUUGAAGCAAGGCUUUUAAAACAUUGAAAGAUAUCCUUGAUUUAAAUUGUGCCUUCUUCAUUAACUCAGGAUGACCAAGUGCAACUUCGACAUUGAGUAUCAAGUCAUCUUGGUCGAAAUACCAAAGAGAAUCCAUUGAGCUUUAUUCCUAAAGCAGUCUUUUUAUGUGGACACAAUGUUAAUAUUAUACUUUUAUUUGUAUUCUAUAACUGAUGCAUUUGACUAUCUUUUAUCCUUAAAUUACACCCAACAAAUACUUUCAUUGUAUUGUAAAGUUGCGGUGAAGCAGUUUUUAUGAUUGAACUGAAACAGUUUAAAGAGGUAUAAUCUGCCCUGAGUUCUGUCUGACCGCAGCCGAUGCUGCAUGCAGGUUGAAUUAUGUUUGAUCAGCAUCUUCACUGUAUUAUUUACACAGGUCGGCUAAUCAGUUGGGUAACUAUGUCUCUGACAGCAUAUGAACCCAAGGUUGUUUCUCAGCAGCGUGAGCAAACAUUUAGCUAUUGCUUCAGUUUCAGGUUAUGUGAAGGUCUUCUAGGCCGGUGGGUCAAUGAGCAUGGGGUGUUGCACGUCUGCAUUCAUAUCUCUCAAAGUCUAAAGUUUUCUGGGAUGAGGUCAAAUUAGAAGCUUUCCAACUAAAGGCAAUCUGGUAAUAAUUUUCUGGGAUUUGAACAUCUUCCUAUUAUCCCAAAUAGAACAAUUUAUAGUCCUGGCUGUAUAAUUUAUAAGCGAGUAACAAUGCCAUGACAAUAUCUGAAAAAAAUGACCAAGUAGAUAUUAAAAUAUGCCAGCAUCCAUAGUAAAAUAACUAAAGUACAAUGGGCUUGUCUCCUUCUCGCCGAUGUUUACACCAAACGGUGUGAAAGCUAAAUAUAUGUUCUGCUUUCUGCAUGAUGUUUCAGGGGGUUGUCCCACUGUGUUGGUAACCUGUAUUGUACCGCUAUGAUACACAGGAGAGAUUUCUAAGCAAUACUUUCUCUGUCGCCUCUAGAAGCUGCACUUGUCAUAUUUCUUCCAAACUAUGUAAAACAAGCUUAUUGUGUAUUAUUUUAUCUUGCAAGCACCCCCUGUCCUAUGACUCAAUGUGACAUUGAGGCGCCACCAUAACAUAAGUUAUUAAGCACUUUAUCAGCCUACUGUAUUUUUAGCGCAAAUUUUGCUUGGAGGUUCUACUACCAAUAACCCAGGUGGGCACUAACUCGAACAUGUAGAUAUGUAGGUCCACAGAAAGCAAAUGUCAAUCAUGUUAUUUUCUUAUGCCCUAGUUUGUUUUCUAUGCAUUGAAUUGCAUGUGUUUGCAGAGCACACAGAUUUCUGUAUACUGUAACUGGUGGAAAUGGAGCCAGGAAUUGCAUUUUGUGUCAAUUUAAAGUUGUAAUUAUUUUUAUUUUAUUUUUAUAUCAUGCUAUAUUUAAUGCAUAAUGAGUUAUUUGAAAUAGCAACUAAAUUCAAGAUGUCCCAAUGUGUCCCAAUGUGUUACAGUUCAAGUAUAUUUUUAAUAAAUACAUAUUUUAAAUCAA